AUCCGCCUCUGCGCUUUCACAAUCAAAUUGAGGGAUAUAUAUAAUUCUAGCUUGCGUGCAAACUGGAACUUAUUUAAGUGGCAGCAACAAACGCGUAGCAGUGUAUCAAAGGUGCAGCUGUGUGCUUGUUGCUGCUCACCCGUGUGGUUGACCCCUACGGCCUAACCCGUUCCUGAUAGGCAGACCAGAGGCGAGGCUGAGGGAAGCGACGGGAUGCGCAGUUUAUCAGCUGACAAGUGCAUAUCGGACAACGGAGCAGCAGAGCGGCUGGCGAGACUCCGCAUCCUCACCGAGUGAGUUUUCUGCUUUUAAACAUCCAGCGCAAGUGCUUGGCGACUGGAAAAAAUAGAUAUAACGGUGUUACCUCAGAGAGGGGACAGCUGCAUCGUCGGAAGUAUUGCUUGAGCUCAGCCACCGGGACUACUGGGAAGAUUUCUAGGCACAAACACGUUUCUCGCGCGGAGCUGCCAGCUGAAAGCUCCUUGCUCCAUCACCGCUCAGCAGCACAACGUUCACGCAAAAGUCGGCUGUUCCGAGCUUCAGCCUCUAAUCAAGCCGAGAGAUUUCCGGGGAGUAGUGAAAGAUGUGUCUCUGAAGAAUCCACACUGUGCUGAAUUGCAAACGCGGUCAUUGUAAGAAACGUAUCGCGUCGCGCUCAGCUCCCCGCUUCCUGCAAGUUUGGACUAAAGCGCACCGUUGGAAGUUUAUGUGCCGCUGCUUCGGACAGGCUCGAAGACGCUUCAUGCAGGUAGAGUGGCUGGAAGGCUGAAUGGACUGAAGAAGUGGGCGACAGAGGUUCAGAAGUGGGGAGGAGGGUUUGGGGGGAAAUCGGUUACAGGACGAGAAUCAAAGCCACAGGAGGAAGAGGAGAGGGGGGAAAGCAGUGAAAUAAUCCAGUGGUGAGUGUCUCAGGAGAGUGCCGGUGGUGAAGGGGAGCGGAGUUGGAUACCCAGCAUGCAGGCAGCAUGGAAAGGGUGAGGGAGCAGCGGCCUUUCUGCUCGCUGUCCAAGAGCCAGAGAGACCGAGAGAGACACUGUGAGAGAGACAAGGAUCGAGAGCGCCGUUACACCGCCUCCUCAUCAGACCGGGACGAGGGAGCCUGCCGCGUGCCCACUCAGAAAUCCUACAGCUCCAGUGAGACGCUCCAGGCCUUUGACCAUGACCCUUCACGAAUGCUCUUUGGAGGAAGAGUCAAGGAGAUGGUCCACAAGGAAACCGCAGAGUACACAAGGCCAGGGCAGACAUUUUCGCUAAGGCAACUCGGGAUUUGUGAGCCACCGGCUCGCAGAGGCUUGGCUCUCUGCCCCGAGACUGGCCUCUCCCACCCACUCAGCAGCUAUUCCAGAGGACCCGUCGCUACUGAAAACCAUGAACCUGUAUCACCAGAACGUACCAUUACUCUUUGGGGGACAGGGGCAAAAUCGGGGCAGAAUUCAUGCCUUUCCAGCCGCUCUAACUCGGCGCUCACACUCACUGACACCGAAAUGGACAAUAAAUCGGACAAUGAGAUGGGUGACCAUCUGUCAAGUCAGCAAGCUCCACCUCCUCUGCCACCAGCUCCACCCCCACACCGGCAACACCCCUCCAUCACUUCCCUGAGCCGAAGCUCACUGGCCAAUCAAAGGAGCCCGAGUCCACCACCCACAGCCGGCCUGGCGGCUGACUUGCAGAGUACGGCGGAAUGCGUCCAGCUGCAGGACAGCUGGGUCCUGGGCAGCAAUGUGGCCCUGGAGAGCAGGCACUUUCUUUUUAAAACGGGCACAGGGACGACACCUUUCUUUGGCGCAGCAGCCCCGGGGUACACCAUGGCAACGGGGACUGUUUACUCCACACCUGCGCGCCCUUUGCCCAGAAACAGCCUGUCCAGGGGGGCUUUCAAGUUUAAGAAGUCCCCUAAACAUUGCUCCUGGAAAUGCACCGCCCUGAUUGCUGUAGGCAUAGCUGUGGUUCUGUCCAUCAUUCUCUGCUACUGCAUAGCAAUGCACCUUUUCGGCCUCAAUUGGCAGCUCCAAGAGUUGGACAACCAGCCGGCUUUUGAAAAUGGAGGAGUUGGGAAAACAGGGCCCACUCAGUCGAGUGUAGGGACAGCUCUCUCUGCUGAUGGACGGACUAGCGUGCUUCAUCCAGAAAACAACUCCAUCGAUACUGGGCAGGUGGACAUAGGGAAGCGAGUGGGUCAGAGCAUUCCACCGGGUGUGUUCUGGCACUCUCAAAUAAACAUGGAGGAACCAGGCUUUCUUAAGUUCAACAUUUCAGUACAGAAAAAUGCACUGAUUGGAGUCUAUGGACGAAAGGGCCUCGCACCAUCUCACACUCAGUAUGACUUUGUCGAGCUACUGGACGGCAGUCGGCUUAUCGCCAAAGAGCAUCGGGCUCUGAGUGAACCGGACACAAGGGCCCGCUCAGACCCAGUUGCCGUCCACCAAGCCGGAUUCAUCCAGUACCUGGACUCGGGAGUGUGGCACUUUGCGUUUUAUAAUGACGGACGGAACGUGGAGACGGUGUCCUAUAACACCAUCAUCCAAGCCGCCUGUCCGGUGUUGUGCAGCGGUAACGGCCAGUACACCAGGGGGCGCUGUCAAUGCUACAGCGGCUGGAAAGGCACCGAGUGCGACGUUCCUGCGUCCCAGUGUAUUGAUCCUCAGUGCGGGGGACAUGGGCUCUGUGUUGCUGGAAACUGUGCGUGCAACACAGGACACAAAGGAACCAACUGUGAACAAGUGGACUGUGUGGACCCGACGUGCUCUGGUCACGGAGCCUGUCAUCAUGGCGAGUGCCACUGUAACCCAGGCUGGGGAGGGAUCAGUUGUGAGAUCCUGAAGAGCACUUGUCCAGAGCAGUGCUCCAGUCACGGCACCUUCAACACCGACUCGGGAACCUGCAUCUGCGAGGCGAACUGGACAGGUGCCGACUGCUCCAUAGAGGUGUGUGUGGUGGACUGUGGCCCCCACGGCUCCUGCAUAAGUGGUGUGUGUCACUGCGAGGAAGGCUGGACAGGACCAGAAUGUGAGCAGAGGGACUGUCACCCACGCUGCAUCGACCACGGAGUCUGCCGAGAGGGCAAGUGUGACUGCCACCAGGGCUGGACGGGUGAACACUGCACCAUCGACGGCUGCCCCGGGCUGUGCAACAACAAUGGGAGGUGCGUCCUGGAUCAAAACGUCUGGCACUGCAUCUGCCAGUCGGGAUGGAGAGGGCUGGGAUGCGAUGUAGCGACCGAAACGCUCUGUUCAGAUGGCAAGGAUAACGAGGGAGACGGGCUCAUCGACUGCAUGGAUCCAGACUGCUGCACUCAGAUUGCCUGCCAGGGUCAGACCUACUGUCGUGGCUCACCUGACCCAGCUGCCAUCGCGAGCCAGAGCCAGAGUUCGGUCGCCCAGUCUUCUUCUAAGAGCUUUUAUGAACGCGUCAGUUUUUUGAUCGGCCCCAGUGGCAGUCACGUGAUACCCAGGGAUAACCCUUUCAACAGCAGCCUGGCAUCAGUCAUCCGGGGUCAGGUCCUGACGGGAGAUGGGACACCGCUGAUUGGAGUCAACGUGUCUUUUCUGCACUACCCAGAGUACGGCUAUACUAUCACGCGGCAAGAUGGCAUGUUUGACCUCUUGGCCAACGGUGGAGCAUCACUGACGCUGAGCUACGAACGAGCUCCCUUCCCCGCAUUGCACCGAACAGUGUGGCUGCCCUGGAACGUCUUUCAUGUGAUGGACACGGUGGUGAUGAAGCGGGAAGAGAACGACAUCCCCAGCUGUUACCUGACGGGCCUAGUCAGGCCCAACCCCGUCAUCCUGGCCACACCCCUUUCCACUCUUUACAAGACCUCCCCAGAGGACAGUCCUAUCAUCCCAGAAACCCAGGUCCUUCAUGAGCAAGUGGCCAUACCAGGCAGUGACCUCAACCUGGUCUACCUGAGCUCCAGGGCAGCUGGCUACAAGCCCAUCCUCAAGGUGCUCCUGACCCAGGACCGUCUCCCCUUUGGCCUGAUGAAAGUCCACCUGAUGGUGGCCAUCAUGGGCCGUCAGUUCCAGAAGUCUUUUCCUGCCUUCCCCGACCUUUCUUACACUUUCAUCUGGGAUAAAACAGACGCCUACAAUCAGAAGGUCUUUGGCCUGGCGGAGGCUGUGGUGUCAGUGGGAUAUGAAUACGAGUCCUGUCUUGAUGUGGUGCUCUGGGAGAAGAGGACAGCGGUGUUACAAGGCUAUGAACUGGAUGCCUCCAACAUGGGCGGGUGGAUGUUAGACAAACACCACAUAUUGGACAUUCAGAAUGGCAUACUUUACAAAGGGAGUGGGGAGAACCAGUUUAUCUCUCUCCAGCCCCCUGUGAUUUCCACUGUUAUGGGGAAUGGACGGCGUCGAAGCAUCUCGUGCCCCAGCUGUAAUGGGCAGGCCCAAGGCAACAAGCUCUUGGCACCGGUGGCUCUGGCAUGGGGUAUUGAUGGAAGCCUGUAUGUGGGAGAUUUCAACUACAUCCGCCGUAUCUACCCAUCUGGCAAUGUCACGAGCAUCAUGGAGCUGAGUAACAACCCAGCACACCGGUACUACCUGGUGACUGAUCCAGUGAGCGGCCAGCUGUAUGUGUCGGACACAAACUCCCGGAGGAUCUACCGACCGAGAACUUUGGCUGGAAGCAAGGAUCUGCCGUCAAACGCGGAGGUGGUAGCGGGAACCGGCGAACACUGUCUGGCAUUCGAUGAGGACCACUGUGGCGAUGGCGGCAAAGCUCCAGAGGCCUCUCUCAUUGGACCCAAAGGCAUUGCAGUGGACAAGAAUGGGCUGAUUUAUUUUGUUGACGGCACCACAAUCAGAAAAGUGGACCAAAACGGCAUCAUCUCCACUUUCCUCGGUUCGAAUGACCUGACGUCGGCUCGCCCUCUGACCUGUGACAAUAGCAUGGACAUCAAUCAGGUGAUUUUGGAGUGGCCCACAGACCUAGCAGUUAGCCCAAUGGACAACUCGCUGUAUGUUCUGGACAACAAUAUAGUGCUGCGCAUUUCAGAAAAUGGUCAAGUCAGCAUUGCAGCUGGCCGACCUAACCACUGCCCAUUGGCUGGACUGGAGCGGGGAGUGGCUGGUGGUCAGAGGGCACAAUUGACCCCUCUAGAAUCCGCUGUUUCCAUUGCCAUAUCUUACCAUGGUACCAUCUACGUAGCAGAGACAGAUGAGCGAAAGAUGAGCAGGAUCCGGAAGGUUUCUGUGGAUGGUGAGAUAACGCAUUUGGCCGGGGCUCCCUCCGACUGCGAUUGCAAAAAUGAUGCCAACUGCGACUGUUACCAGACAGGGGAUGGUUAUGCCAAAGAUGCAAGGCUCAAUGCUCCAUCUUCUUUAGUGGCAGCUCCAGAUGGAACACUCUACGUGGCAGACCUGGGCAACAUCCGCAUCCGGGCCAUUUCUAGAAACGGGCCAACUUCCAGUGCCAAUACAUACGAAGUGGCUUCCCCUGAUGCCCAGGAGCUGUAUGUGUUUGACAGCAAUGGUACCCACCAACACACUGCAAGUUUGCUGACUGGUGACUUGAAAUAUACUUUCAGCUACAGCACAGAGAAUGACAUCACAGCUGUUACUGACAGCAGUGGCAACACUCUGAGAAUCCGUAGGGAUCCCAAUCGCAUGCCGGUGCGUAUCGUCGCACCUGAUAACCAGGUGAUCUGGAUGACCAUGAGCACCAACGGUGGAUUGAAGACACUCACAGCACAGGGUCAGGAGCUGGUACUUCUUACGUACCAUGGCAACAAUGGGCUGCUGGCUACAAAGACAUCAGAGAUUGGCUGGACGACAUUCUACGACUAUGACAGUGAAGGACGCCUAAUGAAUGUGACGUUUCCCACUGGAAUGGUGAAUAACUUGUACACGGACCUAUACAGCGCUUUGACGGUGGAUAUUGAAAGCUCCAUGACAGAGGAGGAAAUCAGCAUCACAACAAAUACCUCAAUCGUCCGCGCCUUCUACACUUUGGCUCAGGACCAGUGUAGAAGUAGCUACCAAGUGGGGUAUGACAAUUCGCUCAGGAUUACCUAUGCCAACGGGAUGGACACCCACUACCAGACAGAGCCCCACAUCCUGGCAGGCGCUGCCAACCCGACUGUAGCCAGACGCAACAUGAGCUUGCCAGGGGAGAGUGGGCAAAACUUGGUAGAGUGGCGCUUCCGCAAAGAACAAGCCAGAGGGAAAGUUAUCGUGUUUGGACGCAAGCUGAGGGUGAACGGACGGAACAUUCUUUCCGUUGAUUAUGAUCGCACCCUAAGGACAGAGAAAAUUUAUGAUGACCACAGGAAGUUCCUCUUAAAGAUUAUUUAUGACACCGCAGGACAUCCAGUUCUCUGGGUACCCAGCAGUAAGCUGCUGCCAGUUAAUGUCAGUCGCACAAGCAGUGGGCAGAUCAGUGCCCUGCAGAGAGGUCCUACCACUGAGAGGCUUGAGUAUGAUAGCCAAGGCCGCCUGAUUUCCAGGGUGUUUGCUGAUGGGAAGAUAUGGAGCUACACCUACCUAGAGCAGUCCAUGGUUCUCCUGCUUCACAGCCAGCGACAGUAUAUAUUCGACUUUGACUCUCUCGACCGUCUUUCUGCUGUCACCAUGCCAAGUGUGGCCCGCUACACCAUGCAGACCAUUCGUUCAGUGGGUUACUACAGGAACCUUUAUCACCCGCCAGAGAGCAAUGCCUCAGUAGCGGUGGACUACAGUGAAGAUGGCCUCCUGCUGAGAAUAGGUCACUUUGGCACAGGCCGGAGAGUCCUGUACAGGUACCGCAGGCAGAAUAAACUGUCAGAGAUCCUGUAUGACAGCACAAGGGUCAGCUUCACCUAUGAUGAAACAGCAGGUGUGCUGAAGACUGUCAACCUGCAAAAUGAAGGUUUCAUCUGCUCCAUUCGCUACCGACAAGUGGGUCCCCUGGUCGACCGGCAGAUUUUCCGCUUCAGUGAGGAUGGCAUGGUCAAUGCACGCUUUGAUUAUACUUAUGACAGCAGCCUGCGUGUCACCAGUGUACAAGGCGUCAUAAACGAAACGCCACUUCCCAUCGACUUAUACCAGUUUGAUGACAUCUCAGGAAAGGUUGAGCAGUUUGGAAAGUUCGGGGUGAUCUACUAUGAUAUAAAUCAGAUCAUAUCCACUGCAGUCAUGACAUACACCAAACACUUCGAUGCACAUGGACGCAUCAAGGAAAUCCAGUAUGAGAUAUUUCGGUCACUCAUGUACUGGAUUACUUUCCAAUAUGACGAUGUGGGCAGAGUCACCAAGCGAGAGAUCAAGAUUGGUCCUUUUGCUAACACCACCAAGUACAGCUAUGAGUACGAUGUGGAUGGCCAGCUCCAGACUGUAUUCUUAAACGACAAAGUGAUGUGGCGCUACACUUAUGACCUUAAUGGGAAUCUGCACCUGCUGAAUGCAGGAAACAGUGCCAGACUUUUACCUCUGCGUUACGACCUGCGAGACCGCAUCACCCGGCUCGGAGACAUCCAGUAUAGGAUGGAUGAAGAUGGUUUUCUUCGUCAGAGGGGAGCAGAAAUCUUUGAGUACAACUCUAAAGGCCUUUUGGUGCGGGUUUAUAGCAAGAGCAGCGGCUGGACAAUUCAGUAUCGUUAUGAUGGACUUGGCCGAAGAGUAUCCACAAAGAGCAGCCUGGGCCAGCACCUGCAGUACUUUUAUGCAGAUCUGAGCUAUCCGGCUCGGAUAACACACGUAUACAACCACUCGAGUUCAGAGAUCACCUCACUCUACUACGACCUACAAGGCCACGUGUUCGCUAUGGAGAUCAGCAGUGGAGAGGAGUUCUAUAUUGCUUGUGAUAACACCGGCACACCUCUGGCUGUCUUCACAAGCAACGGCCUCCUGGUCAAACAGCUUCUAUACACAGCAUACGGUGAGGUCUACUUGGACUCUAACCCAGAUUUCCAGCUUGUGCUCGGCUUUCACGGGGGCCUUUAUGAUCCUCUGACUAAACUGUUGCACUUCGGGGAGAAGGAUUAUGAUAUAAUGUCUGGAAGGUGGACCAUUCCAGAUGUUUCCGCUUGGAAAAAAAUUGGCAAAGAGCCAGUCCCUUUUAAUCUGUACAUGUUCAGAAAUAACAACCCCAUCAGCAAAGUCCAUGAAGUUAAAGAAUACGUCGCAGAUGUUAACACCUGGCUAGUAACUUUUGGUUUCCAUCUUCACAACACCAUUCCUGGUUUCCCAGUCCCAAAGUUUGACUUGAGCAUGCCAUCGUAUGAACUGAGGAAGAGUCAGCUGUGGGAUGAUCUGCCGUCUAUCUCUGGGGUCCAGCAGGAAGUAACCAGACAAGCACACUCUCUCUUGUCAUUCGAGCGGCUGCCAGAGGUCCAUCUCAAUAGAGGUCGGAGAGGUGAAAAGUCUUGGCUGUGGUUCUCAGCUGCAAUGUCUCCCAUCGGAAGGGCUGUUAUGUUUGCCAUCUACAAGGGCAGUGUCCACACUCACACACUCAACGUGGCCAGUGAGGACUGUAUCAAGGUUGCAUCAAUCCUCAACAAUGCUUUCUAUCUAGAAGACCUGCACUUUACCAUAGAAGGGCGAGACACCCACUACUUUGUCAAGCCAGGCCUUCCGGAUGCUGACCUUGCUGCGUUACACCUCACUAGUGGACACAAGACUCUCGAGAAUGGCGUCAAUGUGACCGUUUCCCAGUCCACCACAGUCAUGGACAGUCGAACUCGGCGAUUUGCAGAUGUGGAGAUCCGUGCUGGCGCUCUGGCUUUCCACAUCCGCUACGGAUCCACAGUGGAUGAGGAGAAAGCGCGAGUUAUCGAGCUCGCACGUCAGCGUGCCCUGGCAGGCGCAUGGGCCAAAGAGCAGCAGCGAGUGAGGGACGGUGAGGAAGGGGUUCGCCCCUGGACAGAAGGGGAGAAGAGGCAGCUUCUGAGUAGCGGCAAAGUUUUGGGAUAUGAUGGGUACUAUGUGCUUUCCAUCGAGCAGUACCCAGAACUAGCAGACAGCACUAAUAACAUCCACUUUCUUCGGCAAAGUGAAAUUGGGAAGAGGUAACAAUACCAGGUGUACUUUCUGCCAAAGAGACUUUGUUUUGGUGGAGACUCUCCAGUCGACGGAAAUGAAAAGCAACUUUAAUUAAUAGUUGCUGGUGAGUGUUAUUGUGUUUUUGUAUAAAAAUAGGAAAAAAAGGAACAAAGAAAAAAGAAAAACAAAAGAGGAGAAAAACAGAAGUCGUUAAAAACAAUGCUGUGCAUUGUGACCUGGACACUACAGAGUAAAUGUUCAACUACGCUACGCCUUAACAUGGCAGUUACAGGUCAGUUCCUCUGUAGCACAAGCCUUCUGGACUCGGAAACAGAGGAAUAGUGGUGUCUUUAAGGAAUCAGUGAGCUAAUUUAGGUGUUUGGGUUUUUGUUUUGUUGUUUUCAUCAAGGAACGUUGGGUCAACAAAUUAUUGUAAGAGCAGAGGAAAUGUUUACAUUAUGCAUAUCUGCACUUCUCUAGAAGUACCAGGCUCGUGGGUGCAGUCCCGGAGCAAGCAGUGUCCUUGAGUAUUUGUUUUGUUCUGUUUUGAAAUCAGAGACUUCUGAUUAUAGAAAUAUUCUCACCAAACAACCACUAUGUAUACCAGAUUUAGCACUGUAAACAUCAAAAUGUCUUAUUCUUGUUGAGAUAAUUUUAAACAGAAAAAAAAAAAAGAAACGUGUUUAAAUGCGGUACCUGAUAUUCAUUGUGAGAAAAAAAAACAAAAAGAAAAAAAAAAACAACAACAACAACAAAAGGACAGCAAAGGUAUGAAGAACUUUGCCCGGUGGGACAGAGCACAGCUUUGUCUUGGAUAGCACAGGGACACCACAUUUUGUAAAUUAUGCAAGAGUUUUAUGGCAUUUUUUUAAGAAACUGAAUAAAUGUCUGUACUAGUCAUCUUAACAGUAAUUUAUGUUGUGUUUAUACAUAAAUAAAGUCCAGCUGAUUUUUA